AUGUUGCCACCAUCGAUGAAAAGAACAAAACAUGUUCGUUCAAUUGAUGACAUCCCAGUGGAAGUAUUACUGAUGAUUUUUAAACGAUGCGAACCAUUAGCUUGUUUUCGAGCUCGUUUAGUUUGCCGUCGUUGGCGGAUUGUAAUUGACAAAAUGGAUAAAGAAAGUCGUGAGGCAAUCCUUGGUGAAGGACAAGCCCGUUUAUAUAUAUGCGAUCGACGACGAGCUAUCCUAGAAAAGUUCAGUAGUCUUCCGUCAUGUUCCAAUUCUGUCACUGAGCUAAUAACGACACGUAAAUCCGUUUUUUAUGCGGAUUGUUACGCGCAUACUGCGCUCAAUAAUUGGACCUAUCGUUUCGACAUGACGGAAUGGACACGUAAUUUCGAUAUCAUUGAGGUAUGGGUGCAAAAUUUCGGCGCUUUCCUUGAACGUGAUCAAGGAUGUCUGGUCAUUGAUAAUGCACUUGCUCCUCCGGCGAUAUGUAAUCAAGCAGGAAAUGUUAAUCCAGAAAAUAAAAUUGCUUCUAGUGCUUCUUCACCAACAUCUCGUACUUCAUCACAAUCGCCACAUGCUCACCGAAGUGGUGGAAGUUCUUCUGGAUCGUUUUCAUAUGCUUCAAGUGUGCCAUACAAUUUGCUUCCAUCAAGUCAGAAGAAAUCUCAAAUUGUACCAAAUGUUUCAUCCACUGCUGUAUUAAGCGAGAAUGUAAACGCUGAAUUAACGAAGCUUUCUGAGGGACGUUUUGAGAGACUUGCCGAACAACUUCAUCAAAUUCAUCCGCUUCAUUUGAUUUUUCAUGAUUUAUCAUGGUAUCAGAAAAGACCGACGCUGCUUUUGUUUUGGUUUUUAAAGAAAUUACGAAACUUACGUCGUUUAACUCUUCAUUCAAUUCGAGGCGAUCAAAUGGUCGAAUUGCAUAAGGUCUUCUGCGUAGAUGGAAUUGAUGAAUUGAAUAUUAUUCAACCGGCUUAUAAUGCAUGCAUUAUUGUUAACGGAGGUCUUUUUGAUGCAUUUCUUCAAGUAAACAGUACAAUACGUCGAAGAUUUCGUUUGCGCAUUACUGGUAAAACUGGAAUUAAUGCCUCGACUCUUUGUAGUUUCAUUCGUAAAUGGCGAAACCAUCGUGAAAUCAUACCGUUUCACAGUAUUCUCAUUGAUGAAGCAUGCGUUUCUUCAUCGGAAUUUAUUCAUGCAACAAAAUGUCCCGGAUGUAGUAAUUGUGACGGUGAGGUUCUACGACAUAAAUCCAAUGGUACCACCUGGAAUACUAAGCAACUUGUUUUCCGACAUCGGAAAUACAAUGUUUGGAUUAAUUACAAAUCUGAGAGCGGAUAUCUUGUAUUCACCUAUUACAAUCCCAAAGACAGUAAUCAUUUUACGGUGAAGACGGUGGAACCGGAAAGUACUGUUGUUUCAUUCUACUCAUCAACACCAAUAUCUCACGAAAAACCAGAAGAAAGUAAUAUGGCUGAUCGUACUUGGUCAUUAUUCAAGAAAUCAGCUGAUACUACAGAUGAAUUGACAAUGUUACAGCGAAUUUUUGCUCUUAUUAGAAGCAAUGCUUAA